AUGAUAGUUUCUUUCCAAGACAGACUUAAAGGCUCUAUAGGUGAAGAUGAAGUACAUAUCAUGUCUUAUGAUCUUUCUCAGAAAAAGACGUUGUGGUUAUUUAAUAAGAAAGAUGAUAAGAAUAUCACGUUAUCAGUUAAGAUUAGAUAGUAAGAAAGUUUAAUUAUAACACUAGCCCUCAAUAAAAAGAUACUUUACAUAGAUUUAUUAUCAGGCUAUUUGAGAGCUGAAUUUGACAUUUAUUACAAAUCUUCUGAACCAUUUUUAAUUGUGUAUGAUAUUUAUGGUAAAGCAUAUAUUGGUUUAAAUGGCCAGGAAAAUUUAUAAUCGUUUUUAAACAUUAUUGAUUUUUAAUUCUCUUAGCUUCAGAUCUAAGAGACUUUGGUGCAAAAUUUGAGAGGUUAUUUUGGCAACUACCUACAGAGUAUCUGUAUAAGUGAUGAUGAUAAUCAUGUGUAUAUGAGUAUUCACACAAGCAUUACAGUAUUUAGUUAAGUAUAAACUUAUCGAAUUGGAAUAGUUAGAAUAAGCACAAUAGAUUCUUCAAAUCAUAAAAUUUAUUAUCAAUCAGCUUUUACCCCAGGGGAAAAUUAAAGUCCCAUAAUAUUAUUGUACUCUUUGAGUGCUGGUUCUGAUUAUUGUGUUGGUUUAAUGGCGCAUGAACAAUUUUCUAGCGGAGGAAUUAUUGGUCUUUCAGUUUUAAAUAUUACGACAGGUAAUUUUACACUUCAUUAUUAGACAUCCUUUGAAUACAUUUAUAUCAAACUAUUCUCAUCUAUUGUAACAAAGAACUCAACUGCAAGAUUCUUUGUUAAAGUGUAACCAACUACUGAUGCUAUAUUCUUUCAAUAUAUUGUAACUGUAGAAGAUAUCAAAAGCCCAGAUAAAAUGAUAUUCUGA